UGCUUUGUGCUGUCGACAUGAUAUACGGGCAGUUGCAGGCAGAAUUUGAUUACUCGGGGUGGGGGAUGGAGAGGGCGGAAGGAGCACAAGGAGCAGAGGGUAAACAAUAAGAUCUAUUCAGCAUAUAAUCAGUCUGAUCUGGGAUAACACAAAGCACCCCAUCUAGUCAGGGUUGUUUCCAGCACUUCAUUGUUGUAACAGCUAUCUUUUUCUGAAGGGGGGAGGAGACGAUGUUGGUGACAGAGAUGAGGGCAACCGCAAGGUUUACUUCUCAUUUUAUGGAGAUUGUAUGCAAGGGGAAAAUAUCUACCAAUUCCAAUUUUCAACUGUGGGGUUUGUUGCUCCUUUUGCUCUUGAGAAAAGCUUGAAUGAAGGGAGAAGAGCAACCUAGAAAGGGACUGAAACAAUGUUGGGUAUGGCUCGUUCUCAGUGCUGAGGGGGAAGGUAAACACUAUCAAACAAAAAUCUUACUGACAACUUGAGGGGUGUCUGAUAACUGCAAUGAAGAAGAACAGCAUGUUCAUCAAGAAACUGACCAGUGGAUUGAGACAGUUUCUGGCAAGAAAACCCAUUCAACAGAAAAACAUCUGGUGUUGGAGGGAUGUUAAGAAAAGCAAAAUCAAGAUGUUCUCAAACAAUGACGAAGCUGUGAUCAACAAAAAACUUCCGAAAGAACUGCUGCUUCGAAUAUUCUCUUUUCUGGAUGUGGUCACUCUGUGUCGUUGUGCUCAGGUUUCCAGGGCAUGGAAUGUUCUGGCCCUGGAUGGCAGUAACUGGCAGCGAAUUGACCUGUUUGAUUUCCAGAGGGAUAUUGAGGGGCGAGUAGUGGAGAAUAUUUCUAAAAGAUGUGGGGGUUUCUUGCGAAAGCUAAGCCUGCGUGGGUGUCUAGGCGUGGGAGACAACGCAUUAAGGACAUUUGCACAGAAUUGCAGAAAUAUUGAAGUAUUGAACCUAAAUGGCUGCACCAAGAUCACAGAUACGACAUGUACCAGCCUUAGUAAGUUCUGCUCUAAACUCAGGCAUCUUGAUUUGGCUUCCUGCACUUCCAUAACCAACCUGUCUCUAAAAGCACUGAGUGAGGGAUGCCCACUGCUGGAACAGCUGAAUAUCUCCUGGUGCGACCAAGUGACUAAGGACGGCAUCCAGGCUCUGGUGAGAGGCUGUGGAGGACUCAAAGCCCUGUUUCUGAAGGGCUGCACCCAGCUUGAGGAUGAAGCUCUCAAAUACAUUGGCGCACACUGUCCUGAACUAGUGACUUUAAACCUGCAAACCUGCUUACAAAUCACAGAUGAUGGUCUCAUAACAAUAUGCAGAGGAUGCCAUAAAUUACAAUCCUUGUGUGCCUCAGGCUGCUCUAACAUUACAGAUGCCAUCUUGAAUGCCCUGGGACAAAACUGCCCACGGCUUAGAAUAUUAGAAGUUGCAAGGUGUUCACAGCUAACGGAUGUGGGCUUUACCACUCUGGCUAAGAACUGUCAUGAGCUUGAAAAAAUGGACCUGGAAGAGUGUGUUCAGAUAACAGACAGUACAUUAAUCCAGCUUUCCAUACACUGUCCGCGGCUUCAGGUGUUGAGUUUGUCACACUGCGAGUUGAUCACAGAUGAUGGGAUUCGUCACUUGGGGAAUGGCGCCUGUGCACAUGACCGACUGGAAGUGAUCGAGCUGGACAACUGCCCUUUGAUCACAGAUGCCUCCUUGGAACACCUGAAGAGUUGCCAUAGCCUGGAGAGGAUAGAACUUUAUGACUGUCAACAGAUCACACGGGCAGGAAUCAAGAGACUCAGGACCCAUUUACCCAAUAUUAAAGUCCAUGCCUACUUCGCUCCUGUGACUCCACCUCCAUCAGUAGGGGGCAGCAGACAGCGCUUCUGCAGAUGUUGCAUCAUCCUAUGACAUUGGAAUUGGUCAUCCUUGCAAACUGAGUAUUUAAUUACACUUCUAGAAUUACAGUGGACACCUGUAUCUUCAGCGAAAGUGAUCCCAGUGUCAUUUGCAAGGGCCAGUGAAAAGGGCUGUGGCACCGGGCCCCUGUAGCCACCCAUACACACGCGUGUACACACGCACCACCUGUUCCAGCAACUGAUGAACUCUGUGACAUGGGAGCUGGAUCUGUGUUGUCUUUUGCUGUAGGUGGAUUGAUAUAAUUCUGAACCAUUCCUACUGGGCAUGCUCAGAAGAAACUAUUGGGGAAGGGGUUGUGCAAACCCAAAACGGCUGCUGCUGGUUUUUGUCUUUUUUUUUUUUUAAGUGUUGGAAUGGCACCAAAAUCCUUCAAAGCUGGGGGAGGGAGAGAAAUGAACAUGCUUUAUUCUUGCACCCACUGUCCAAAACAAAAAAGAGGUUUUGUUUUCCGUUCUUCAGUAAGGGAAUGAAAACAGCAGCCAUUGUGAGACAUGAUUUACUGUGCUUCGGUACUUCCUUGUUUCCAUGCUAACACACUGAGCAUGCUCACAUUGAAGGUUCAUCAGUUUCUUCUGUGUUUCAUAGCAUUCAGCUCAGAGGCUUCCUAGAUUGUUGUGAUGAUAUAGCUUGAAAUCUGUAAUGUCGGGCUCAGGUUUUUACCCCACCCAACUGCUCAUUUUUUUACAGAUUUCUAAUUUAGUAAUUUUUGAGAUUAUUGAACAUAAGUUAUUUAUCAAUAAAAAUAAGACACUUUUUACCAUUAGAAGGCUGCGUCUGAAACUGCCUGUCUGAUGGAAAGAUCUUAAAUAAAAGAGAGAGUGGAGCUCAGGCUAGGAUCUCCUGGGCUUAUUUGCCCAUUUUUACCAAUAUUUGGGUCUCAACUCUUUUGCAUUUCAAGUUUUACCCCAGCAAAGAGAAUAUAGCUCACAAUAUAGGGGACACAGCUACAUUCUACAGUCCCACCUCCCCCACCCCCAAAAAAUCAGAAUUGAAUCGCUGCUUGUUGCCCUCAUCAAGGAAUGAUUCAUUGUUUGAAGCAGGAGGGACCGAAGACCUGAAAAUCUAUCACUGAUUAUGGACACAUUGUCGUGUAUUGAGUUUGUGAACUCAAUUGUUGACGUUUGCAUUUUCCACAGGUAAGUGUCUUGUCCUGGAGAAGCAUCCAUUUGAGUGAAAUGGGAGCUUCUUCUAUGCCAUAAGGGUAUACCAUGCUUCCAGUUCCUCCCAACUUUCAAAAAGGGUAUGUUCUAGCACACUGACAUGGUUAAUCUGUGUAGCAGCUGUGUUUUGAGUGAUUCAGGCAAGCUUAACCCUGCUGCUUCAAGGGAAUGUAGAGAACCUGAGCUAGCCUACAUGUAAUCAUUUGAUUCCUUGAUAUCAGGAGUCCAGAUUGGCCAGCACAAAAGAUGCUAACAGACGCGCUGGCAUUGCGGGCUUAAUAGGGCUGAACUUGGUCAGACUAUAGCAGGUUCCUGGAAGGAGCGAUCAUGUGUAAGGAAUUGCUCUUUUCCUGCUGUCAGCACUCUGGGAUAGAAGAGAGAGCACAUGUUAUGUGAAUUGUUCCCGACUGACUGAGACACAGAGGAAUGAGCAUGCUUAAUCAUCAUAAUUGUCCAAGACUGAGGAAACGGCACUCCACCUUUAUGGAGAAGAAUUACAGGAGACAGGGAAGAAGAGAUGGUUUUCUAAAGUACUAGUAAUAGAUUUCAGAGCUCUGAGGGUUUGUUUUUUUCCCUGCACAUUUGUGUGAAGGGCAGUGUGUUACCUACCCAGGGAUCUCAUCACCACCUGAGUAAUUCAGGCAAUUAAAAGGGUCAUUUUUUAGCACUGUAUAAGCUAUAUUCCUUCAUCUACAAUUCAUUUCACCAAUCCAUCAGUAUGUUUUUGUGAAUCUGCAAGAUGUUGUGAAUCUGCUGGAAAGGCAUGUAGAAGAAACCCAGUAUGCACUGUUUAAAAGGAUACUGACAGUUGUUUCCCGCACAGAUUUUAAUUUUUAUAUCUGUUGUAUUCAUUAAACCCUCUUUAGAAGCUGAGAUAAUCUUUCCCCUCAACAGCAGAGCUCAAAUUCCAUUUGCCAAACUUGCUACUUUCCCUUGAUUUCAGUGUGUUGGAAGGAGUCUGGCUACGGGUUUACAAUGUUGCAACUUAUUGACCUCCUGAGCAAGUCAGAUGUAUGUCACUUUGGGCACCAGAAGCAGUCAGUGUUAGCACAGCUCUGGGAGUAAUCUUUUAGUUAAUUUCUGGUGGGGCAAGAGGAAAAAAAAACAGUGGGUUUGUAAGUCAAACUACAGAGGGGCUGUUUAAUUUCUUGGCAAUGGAUUGUUGGGCUGGGGGCGGAAUUUAAGAAUUUAGAAUCCAAAGUGUUUUCUUAAACAGGGUAACAGUUUGUGUGGCAUCCCAAACUACUUGACAGAGUCCAUUUAUGUCAAGAAUCUCUUUUAAAUGGUCUCUUCCUUAUGUUUUGUAUUUAUAAAUACAAUAAACAACCACUUUCCAAGUUUUGUCGUAUCAGAAGAAUGCCUUUGUAGGGCAAGAACUUCAACAGUUUAGUGUUUUGGACAAGCUCUGGCUUUUGGAAUUCUAGAAUAGGUCCCAGGUGCAUUCCUGCUUUGUCUUGGUUAGCCAUCAAUCAGAUAUAUGGGAUUGCUAGGCACCGGCGGCAGGGUUAUGUCUCAGCCUAAGUGCUGCUGAUGCGGAGGUGGUAAUAGACUUGAGCACCAUUGUUUGACCUGAUGAAUACAGGAGGUAUCACGUAUUGAGAUGAAGGGAUCAUCCUUUAGGGAUGUGGAGGUUUUUGAGGGGGAAGUGGUGGGAAGUAGUGGAACUUCUUAGAGGUUCAGCAAGGAACAAACCCGUGCUGAAUAUCUAAUCUGAUUUGAAGACUUCUACUUGUGCCAAAUAUGUGAGCUAAAUUGAAGGACACUAGACUUCUUUCACUUAGUGUCAUCUCCAGCGACUGUCAGUGCUGGUCUUAAAGAUGUAUCAGGCCAUUGACCGUUGCAUUUACUUAUUGGCUCCCUCUUUACCCACCCACCAAAAAUCCCCACACGCAGCCUAAAUUGCUGGGGUGAUUCCAUGGAAAUCCACGUGAUCCACAAUGAUAGUGGUGUAGGUUGAACCAUGUAUUAAUUCCUCUGUGUAACCUGUAUCUGUCUUUUCAACAUGCAGCAGCCGUGAGUUGUCCAUGGGCUGGUGCAGUGGUUGUCAAACUGCCCCAGUCCAUGCACUUUUGGGAGGGGAAGUGGGGGCGACCUUCAGAACAGACAAGAAGGUAAAGUAAAUGAAGACCGAGAGAACCUCUGGACUAAUGGAAUUUGAGGUCCUCCAGUAGAGGUGCUGUGAGGAGCUCAAACACAACCAAAAAUAAGAGGCUUUUUUUAAUUUAAAAAAAAAAAAAAAAAAAAGACAGCAGUACUUUCAAUCAUGAUUGUAGAACUGCUCCUGAAAGGGGUGGGAGGGAAAGGCGUAGCAUGCUGUCACAAUGAAUAUUUAAAAUAAAAAAAAAAACCUAAACAAAAUUCCUAUUUUCUAAACAUCAUUGUAUUCUUCCUUUUUCCUUUUUUUUAUUUUAAUCGAAUGUGUUGUUCAUGGCUGGCCCAUGGUGUUGUGUUUUGGGUUUUUUUUGUGGGGGGGGGCGGGGGGGGUGCAGGGGAGACCAGUAUGACAAGGUUCUUCACUACAGUGUCCUAUUAGUGGGGGUGGGCAGAGCUGAGGGUUGAACUGACCUGUGAUCCUUUGUCCACACAGUGUGUGGCUUAGUGUUUUGGUUUUUUUUUGAGGGGCAUCCACCCAACUUGACCAAACUGCAGAUCUUUCUCUUUGUGCUGCUUUACCAACAAUACUGCAGAGUUAAUCAGAAAACUCACGGGCACCGGGAGUCACAAUCCUACUCCUUAGCGCUGGGCUUCUCAACCCCAUGCCCUACCCUCUUAAGGGCUUUCCAGACAGGUACCAAAAACAUACUUUUAUCUUUCAAAGCUUCAGGCCAAAAUUUUCAGUCCAUGUUCAAAAAUCCGGUAUCUUGCAUUCUUAGCCCUUCGUUUCCAUCUUUGAGGAUAACCUUUCCCUGGGUUACGUGCCAAAACCCACAUAAUUGCAGGUAAUUGCACAGUUGCUGGCAAUUGGAGUAGCCCGGGUAUAGAGUGGAUUCCUCAGCAUAAUGCCACAUCUCCAGGGAAGUCUGCUGGGUUUUUUAAAUGCUUCUCGUCUCGUUUACACUCCCCCUCAGAUAAGUUCUGCUCCCUUCUUGUUUACAGCUGCAGGGAACAUGGCCUUGUACCUCUGGAUUCCACAGUGGAGGGACUGUCAUUGCGACAGGGCAUUAUUCUCCUCUUGCUUCUUCCCCGCCUCCCAGCAGGCAGGGGAGGAAAAGGUUAGCACAUGUUGCCAUGUCCUUGCGGCCACCGAAUGUGUUUCCAUACCACAUUUACCUUCUGGUUUUGUUUUUACUUGGGCAGUGAUUUUUUAAAGAAACAGCCAAGGUACGUGAAAUUUCUGGCUUCACCAACCCGCCUCUGCUGCUCCUUCACCCCUCCGUUUACUGCCCCCACUGAGACAAUCUCCCUCAUGUCCCCUCAGAUGUAUAUUAUCCCUCCCCAGCCACAUGGAGGCUGUUCCUCUCCUAGAACCCAUCUGCACCAUUGCCUAGCAAGACUAGUAUGUGGCGGCUGUUGAUCGGUCUUGGCCCCAUCCAGUCUGUCCAGAUGUUGUUAGCUUGGCUACCCAUGCAUUGAGGCAUGAUGCUUAGAUUGGCUGUAAGGCCAGGACAGACGGGGUCUUGGAGACUACUUAGCUUUCACCAUGACAAUCCCUCUUGCACCAUCACCUCCUACAAUCCUCCUUUCCCAUUGAGGCCGUUCCUGCCACACCAAAACCUUUAACCUUUGUGGAUUCCUGCAGCUGACCGGAUUCCUGAACUAAGGCCAUGUCUACACUACAGAGCCUAUAAUGGCAUAGCCCAUUAGUAUAAUCUAAACGCCACAUAUGCCAACAGAAGGAGGCGUUCCACCUGCAUAGUAACACCACUUCCCCAAACGACAUGAGCUAUGCUGACGGAAGCAUUCUUCUGUCAGCAUAGUUGCAUUUACGCUAGGGACUUUGCUGGCAUAGCUGUGCCAGCUAAGGGGUUUUAAUUUUUGCACGCUCCUCCUAACAUAGCUACGCUGGCGUAACUUUGUAGUGUAGCCCUGACCUGGCUUUCAAUUCUUCAGGAGGGUGGUUCAGUAUCUUUUUAUUUUUGGCUGUGAGGCUCGUAAUUUUAAUUGGACUUAAAGAAAUAGUUUUAAUUGUGUUGAGAAGACAUUUUGUUUUAUUGUUUGCUUUUUAGCAUUCAGGAUUGGGCUGAUGAUCUUGUCUUAUAGUUCCUUUCUCUUUCUCCCCCGCAACUGCCUCUUAUCUUGAUCCAGUCCGAAUAGCUGCAGUUUUGGAUUGGUUGAGUGUACUAUUCUCUUAAAGUUGUAUGUGUUGGAGAGGUUUCUUUAAGUAUUUUUAAACUUUGUUGGAUGCAUCAUGUCCAUUAGACUAACUUAUUGGACACACAAGAUAGAACCUUGUCAUACACUCCCUUAAUUAUAUAUAUUAGAGAGAGAGCUGUAAAAUAUUAUUUUAAUGAUAUUGUAAUCUGUGCUUUCCCUCUCCUGGACACUAAGUGUGGAUAUAAUAUUGCCAAUUAACUAAAAGUAAAAUAUAUAUAUAUAUGUA